CGCCAUGCUCUAUCGGAUGUAUUAGAUUUACACCCCCUGCGGCCCUACCCGAAUCACAAAAGCAUCAGCUCUCUCUCGUUCCAAAAGAUCCAGCCAUGGAUUUCAUGAAGGUCUUCGAUCAAACUGUCCGUGAAAUAAAGAGGGAGGUGAAUCUAAAGGUGCUGAAGGUUCCGGAGAUCGAACAAAAGGUUUUGGAUGCAACGGAUGAUGAACCUUGGGGUCCUCAUGGUACAGUAUUGGCAGAGAUAGCACAGGCGACCAAGAAAUUCACCGAAUGCCAGAUGGUUAUGAAUGUCCUCUGGACAAGAUUGACUGAGACCGGCAAGAAUUGGCGGUUUGUCUACAAGUCAUUGACUGUUAUAGAGUAUCUGGUGGCUCAUGGAUCAGAACGUGCUGUUGAUGACAUAAUAGAACAUACUUUUCAGAUAUCUUCCCUAACAAGUUUUGAGUAUGUUGAGCCAAGUGGAAAGGAUGUGGGAAUCAAUGUGAGGAAAAAGGCAGAAAAAAUUGUGGCUCUUCUAAAUAGCAAAGACAAAAUACAAGAAGCGAGGAAUAAAGCUGCAGCCAAUCGUGAAAAGUAUGUUGGUCUGUCAUCAUCUGGAAUAACAUACAAAUCGAGUGCUGCCUCAUUCACUAGUAGUAGCUUUAAGAAUAGUGAUCGCUAUGGAGGUUUUGGUAAUACAGGAGACAGCGAAAUGUUUAAAGAUAGUUAUAAGGACAAGGGUCAAUAUGGUGAAGAUAAGUAUGAGAAGCCUACAAAACCAAAGAAAGAUUCUUCGCGCUAUGGCAGCAUGGAUCGGGACUCUCCAGUCACUGGUGCAUCAAGAGCAUCAACAAAUGCGAGCAAGACCGAAAAACAUGCUUCAGUUACCUCACAAAAUGCAUCAUCGGACAAAUAUGAUGAAGAUUUUGAUGAUUUUGAUCCUAGAGGGACUUCAAGUGCCAAACCUUCUUCUGGAAGUCAAGUGGAUCUUUUUGGGCAAGAGUUUGUUGGUGACCUCUUGGAUGCACCAGUAUCUGUUCCGACAGAUAAGUCUGAUUCCUUAGACCAUAAUCCAUCAGAGGUUGACUUAUUUGCUGAUGCUGCUUUUGUGUCAGCAGCACCCUCACCAGCAGGAGUAGAAAAUCAUGAGCAUCUGACCAACGUUGAUCUAUUUGCCUCUCAACCUGCCCCUUCUGCUGUUUCUACUACAAUGGAUUUUUUCGCUGCACCUGAUCCACCUUCACAGCUCGACAACAAACCUUCAAAAUCUGAUGCAACUGUCAAUGUCGUUGAUCCAUUUGCUGAUGUUCCACUCAACAAUUUCGAGGGGUCUGACCCUUUUGGUGCCUUUACUUCUCAUACAGAUCCUUUAUCAACAAUCUCUCACCAAAAUUCUCCUAAUGAUGGAAGCCAUGGAAACAUUAAAGGAUCUUCAACUGAAACCAAGCUCCCAUCCAAGAAAGACUCCUUUCAAGUCAAAUCCGGAAUAUGGGCAGAUUCUUUGAGCCGUGGAUUAAUUGACCUAAAUAUAACUGCACCAAAGAAGGUCAACUUAGCAGAUGUUGGUAUUAUCGGUGGAUUGACUGAUGGAUCAGAUGAGAAAGACAAGGGACCUAUGCCUUCCUUUUACAUGGGUAGCACUAUGGGUGUCGGAUCUCUAGUUGGUAAAUCUGGGUUCACAUCAGCUUCAAACGACGACUUCUUCUCAGGCCUAAGCAGUCAACAAUAUCAAUUUGGAGGCUUUCAGAAAUGAAUUAUUUUUUCUACUAGACUGCUAAUAUUUGUUUGUUUAAUUUUCACUCGCAAAUUUUCAGUCAAGGAUUUGACUUCUGGAGCACGUGAAGCUUGUACAUCAUGUCCUUUACCAUUAUUUUAACGUUUUGUGCUGUCUGCUAUUACGGAUUAUUCUCGGGACUUGGAUGUACCUGCUCGUGUUCAUGUAAAAUGUUUAAAAUUGCAAAGAUACGCAGGUCAGUGCUGCUUUAGAUGA